AUGCGAAUUCUCUUCAAGCGAUAUUUCAGUACGACGAAAAAACUCGGCCUAGACGAUUGGACUGUACUUGUGGCCCUCCUGAUUGGUAUAGCGAGCGUAAUAAUUCAGGUGUUCUUCCUCACUCCUAGCGGCUUGGGAAAAGACAUAUGGACACUCAACAUUACCAUAUUGCUUGACUUUGGGCACUACUUCUACGUCAUGGAGAUAUUAUAUUUGACAUUGAUUACUUUGUUAAAAGUAUCACUCUCGCUUUUCUACCUCAACAUUUUUCCCGGCCAAGUUAUUCGUCGCUUGUUGUGGGUAACUGUUGCGUUCCACGUUGCUUGUGGCUUCGCAUUCAUUCUCAAGACCGUGUUACAAUGCACGCCGGUGGAUUAUAACUGGCAAAAGUUUGAUGAUGGCCCUCCAAAUGCGGGGCAUUGUAUCGACAUAAAUGCUUCUGGGUGGGCGAAUGGCGUGAUUGGUGUGGUUGCAGACAUCUGGCUAUUUGCGUUACCUCUCACACAACUCAAGAGACUCAAGCUACACUGGAAGAAGAAAGUGGGCGCUGCUAUUAUGUUUUUGACAGGUGGAAUCGUCACCAUCGUAUCCAUGCUUCGGCUCAAGUCCCUCAUCCAUUUCGCCAACUCUUACAACCCUACCUGGGACCAAUGGAGUGUGGUCUUCUGGUCUACUAUUGAAGUUUCUGUUGGGUUCAUAUGUACAUGUCUUCCCGCCCUGCGACUCAUCCUGAUCCGGAUGUAUCCCCGGACUUUCCAAACAGAUUCCUAUGGGACCUCCUGCACGGCAUCAAGCAACGUGUAUAGACACAAUAGCAACGCGCAUUAUACUAAUCGUACAACAAUUGAAAAUGAUUAUGCCGACCUCUCACAGUCAAAUUUGGUACCUGGCCAUCACCGUGGUAGCCUGAAAAACGACGAAGGCGAUUUGGAAGCUCGCAGUGCAAAAGUUCACAUACGAUCAAUGCCAGCCAUGCCAUUUGACGAACAAAAUAUUGAGUUAGAGUCCAAAGAUCUGGAUUCUACACAUCUGGCGCCAGGAAAGGAAUCGCGGGGGUCAUGA